UUAAUAUCGUAUCGUGACUGGACAGGUCAUGUAGUGGCCGAGGAAGAGCGAGACAUUUACGUGGCCGAGAUGGAGAAUAAACAUUCCGAUGAAGGACAUUUACUUCGAGUCGUGCUAGAACAUGUGAUAUGUAUACCGUCUGUCACGCCAACCGGACUUGAGGGUUGUGCUAACAUUGAUGUUUCCUAUCGCAUUGGCGUAGUGUACUUUAAACUCAAACGUCUGACUCACUGUUGGAACCCAAAUGAAUGGCAAGUGCUUGGUGAAAAACAUUCGGCAUCAACGAAUCGUGCAAUUGAACGUCUGUAUGCGAUCUGUCCCGGCGGACUGUACACUCGACCACUUCGAGGGAAAAUGUCAAUGGUACAUACCGUCCAACACCGAUCCAAAGUGGACCGACAUGUUGAAUGGAAUAUAUACCGGGAACUGUUGUUGUCCAUUCCUUUAAUUAUUGGUACAGCAAAGCCCGGAGUGCGUAGUGAUUCUACACACAUCAUUUCGCAUACACCAGUUAACAAUCUAGGUCCAACGUUCUUUAUGCAAUGGCCUGACAGUUGCGAAAAAGGAAGCCUUCCACCUUUCCACUCGUAUGUCCACUCUACUACGAGUUUAAUUGUCAGUCGAAGCACAAGCCUUGGUGGCUUAGAAAAGUUAGUUCUACCAGCUCGAAGGACACAAAGCAUUAUGACUGAAGAAGAAAGCCCUCUGAUAUCUGGUCGUCGGGUGACGGUUGAAGUGAAUGCGCACAGAAAGUCAAGUCGCACUGACAGUGUCCGUCCAGGUGUUUACGUCCGUUCCCGAACUUUAUCCUAUCCAACCACCGUGGAACGAUCCGAUGAAAUUUCUCGUCGACCCCAAUCGCUUUACCGUUCAACGCGUUAUCAGCGGCAUAGUGUACCUCAGUCAUCGAUUCGAAGUCCUAUCCACAUAAAAGGUCGUGGCAAUCGAUAUCAUAUUCAAGAGUCCGUGGAAAUUUAG